AUGGUCAUAGAGAAAAGAGAGAGGCCAUCAAAAAUGGCAAGGUCGUUUACUAGUUAUAUGAUAUUUGAUUUCACAUUUCAUGGUGUCUUCCUACUUCCCCUUCUUUUAUUAGUACUUCAGUUUUCAUCUCAGCUUGCAAACUGUGGCACCAUAGUUAAGUAUCUUCCAGGGUUCCAAGGACCCCUUCCUUUUCUGCUUGAAACUGGAUAUAUUGGGGUGGGUGAAAAUGAUGAUGUGCAGAGUUUCUACUAUUUCAUUGAGUCAGAGAAUAAUCCUAAGGUGGAUCCUCUCAUGCUAUGGCUCACUGGUGGUCCUGGCUGCUCUGCUUUCUCUGGCCUUGUCUUUGAAAUUGGUCCUCUUACAUUUAAAAAUGAAGAAUAUAAUGGGAGUCUGCCUAAUUUGUAUUUGAAGCCACACUCUUGGACAAAGGUAAGCAACAUUAUAUUUGUAGAUUUGCCUGUUUUAACAGGCUUUUCUUAUGCCAGAACAGAUUCUGCUGCUCAACGAAGCGAUUGCUUACUGGUUAGUCAAACUCAUCAAUUUCUUAGGAAGUGGCUGAUUGAACAUCCAAAAUUUCUAUCACAUGAAAUUUACAUUGGUGGUGAUUCAUAUUCUGGUAUUCCUAUCCCAGCAGUUGUUCAAGAAAUUUCACAAGCAAAUGAAGAAGGGGUCCAACCAUGGAUUAAUCUCCAGGGAUACCUGCUGGGAAAUCCUGUAACAACUCGAACGGAAAAGAAUUAUAAAAUCCCAUUUGCUCAUGGAAUGGCACUUAUUUCUGAUGAACUAUACAAUUCACUGCAAACAAAUUGUAAAGGAGACUACAUAAAUAUAGACACAGAAAAUGUGUUAUGUUCAAGAGACAUUGCUUCCUUCAACAAGGCUAUUGAAGGACUUAAUUCAGCACAGAUUUUGGAUCCGUUAUGCGAGUACAUCACUUCGCCUAAGCCGGAGAAAUUUUCUUGGAGGAGAGCUCUAACUGAGCACAAGUAUUCCAGGAGUUUCCUUGCUCCUCCCCUGACAUUGCCACCAUUAAGCUGCCGUAGUUAUGCAUACUUCCUUUGCACUUAUUGGGCUAAUGAUGAUAGUGUUCGCAAUGCUCUCCACAUAAGAAAGGGAAGCAUCGGCGAAUGGCAUCGUUGUACAUGGAACAUACCUCACAAGCUGGAGAUCUAUAACAGCUUUGAGUAUCAUGUAAAUCUCAGUCGAAAAGGCUAUCGUUCACUGAUAUACAGUGGCGAUCAUGACAUGACAGUUCCUUUCUUGUCAACUCAAGCAUGGAUAAGAUCCUUAAACUACUCCAUUGUAGAAGACUGGAGACAAUGGCAAACAAAUGGACAAGUAGCAGGAUACACAAGGACUUACUCUAAUAGGAUGACAUUUGCAACUGUGAAGGGUGGUGGCCACACAGCACCAGAGUUCAAGCCUGAAGAAUGCUUUGCUAUGUAUAGCAGGUGGAUCUCUAAGAGGCCUUUGUAGGAAUUAACCAAAAACGUAUUAUAUGUGUAUGUGUGAAAAUAAAAAUCUGCUGAAUAAUGAGCAGAUUUCAUUUCA